CGGCGCACGGAGGCCCCAACCGAGACAAAGUUCCCUAUUCCCAUUCGCAUCGGCUGCCUCUCGCGACCUUCUCACUCCACUCUCCGGCCACAAACCUAGGUCUCGGCCAGCGACGUCCUCUUCCUCACACCACCACCGCCUCAUCCAAUUUCCUGCAAAUAGACGGGGUUUCUUUACCACCCAUCAAGGAAAUGUACAUUCGAGUGAAGCGGAACAAGACAACCUACUUUGUGCAGUGUGAUCCAACAGACACAACUUUGGAUAUAAAGCAGAAAUUACAAGCCUUGAUAGAUCUACCUAGCAAUAAUCAACGUUUAACCUUGGUGGCAACUGAUGUUGUAUUAGUAGAUUCAAUGACAUUAGCAGAACAGAGGGUUGAAAAUGAUGCUGUGGUGGCUUUGACUCUUAGAAAAGAUGAUAAUGAGUUUGAGGAGAUUUACAUUGCACGCCCUGAAGACUUCAUGUCAUUCUCCUGAUCAGAAUAACAGCCUUAGACAGAUGAUUUGCUUGUAAAAACUUGCGUCAGUCAUAUCCAUGUAGAAGAAACAUAUUUCCCUCGUCAGUGAAUGUAGAAUGAUUCGGUCAAGGAUGACAUUAGAGCUGGUGGUGGAUCUAAUGAACUCAUGGGUGAACUUGUUUGUGCACGUGCUGAACUGCCGCAACUAAACUGUAGACUUGGGGUAUUUGUCAUGCAAACACCAUUAAUUGGCAAGAAAUAACAGUGUUUUAGCUGUUGAACAAGGUAGUACAAGGGAUGUUCAUGCU